AUGAAUAAUCCUGUUCAAAAAUGGAUGAUAUUUCCUGGCAUCAAUCUAUUUUUGAAUGACGAAUUACCCAAUAAAGUGCCGAAGUAGAAAUAUGUAAAUGGAAGACCAACAAUUGGACCUACUUAUAUAUAUCUAUUUCGGUACUCAUAUUAUUUAAUUAAUAAAUUUUUGCUGUUAUUUUUAAUUUCUAUGGGGAAUUGUGCUACAUGUGACGAUCCAUCUAUUUAUGAACAUGCAGGGGAAUAAAUGAGACCCUUCAAGAACAAGCCAAACUUUGAAGAUCAAGAAAAUGUACAAUAACAGGCCUAGAAAAGUAAGUUAGCUCAGAGUGCUGUUAAAUCUCAGAAUGCUAGUUUCAUAGUCUAAUAGCAUAUUAGACAAGACUUAAAGAAAUUGGAUUCAAUUCCAGACUUUACUAAUGCUUUUACCAAGCCCUUAAUUGAUUAGUUAUAACCAUUUAAUUACGAUCAAAAUGAACCGUUUGAAUUUAAAUCACUACCUUUCUAUGGGCCAGUUGAAAUAGAACCAAGUGUCUUUUACUAUGGAUAAUGGAAGAACGGAUUCAGACAUGGGAGAGGAAAACAAUUUUGGGCUGAUGGUUCAAUUUAUGAAGGAUAUUGGUUACAAGACAAAGCUAAUGGAGAAGGAAGACUGAUUCAUUCAGAUGGAGAUCUCUAUGAAGGCAAAUGGUUAAAUGACAAAGCCCAUGGUUUUGGAGUCUACAGUCACAAAGACGGAGCUUUUUAUAAAGGGGAAUGGUAUGAAGACUAAUAACACGGCAAUGGAUUAGAAAAGUGGGCUGAUGGUUCUAUGUUUGAAGGAACUUAUACUAAUGGUAUGAAACAUGGACAAGGAAGAUUUAGUUGGCCAGAUGGUAGUUCAUACGUUGGAGAAUUCAUUAAUAACAAUAUUCAUGGUAAAGGACAUUACAUUUGGGCAGAUAAUAGAGAAUACGAAGGAGAUUGGAAGGAUAACUAAAUGGAUGGUCAAGGAGUCUUUAGUUGGUCAGAUGGAAGACGUUAUGUUGGUGGCUAUGUGAAUGAUAAGAAGGAAGGAUAUGGAGAAUUCUAUUGGCCAGAUGGAAGAGUAUACAAAGGUUAUUGGAAAGACGGUAAACAACAUGGAAAAGGGUAAUACAAAGGAACUAACAGAAUUCUAAAGGAAGGAGAAUGGGUUGAUGGAAAACUACUUAAAUGGAACAAUUGAUAUUAUAUUAUUAACUAACUUAUGAAUUGAAGUUUA